ACAGGGAUUCCGGCGCAUGUUACACUUAAUCAUCUUGAUAUUCCACAGGUUCUUCAAGAUGAGUAUGGAGGAUGGCUAAGCCCUAAGAUUGUCAAGGAUUUCAAAGAAUUUGCAGAUGUAUGCUUCAGGGAAUUUGGCAGUAAGGUCUCUCACUGGACCACCAUUACUGAGCCAAACAUAAUUGGGUUAACGGGUGAUUUCGUCCCGCACUCUUGGUGUUCUCCAAAAUUUGAAACCAUCAAUUGCUAUGCUGACAGUUCAGCAGAUUGGAUAUACAUUAAGGUUCACAAUAUGCUAAUAGCACAUUCAGAAGCUGUUAGACUAUACAGAACAAAAUAUCAGCGCUAUCAAGGGGGCUGGAUUGGACUGAAUAUUUAUUCUUUUUGGUGCCAACCAUUUUCAAACUCUUCUGCGGAUCUUGAAGCGACAUUACGAGUAAAGAGCUUCAUGUUUGACUGGGUUCUAAGUCCAGUAACAAUUGGAGACUAUCCUGAGCUGAUGAAGAGUAUUGCUAGCACAAGGCUGCCUUCAUUUACCAACUCUCAGUCAGAAGUAUUAAAGGGCUCAUUCGACUUUAUGGCUAUAAACUAUUAUGCAUCAGGGUACAUCAGUGAUAACUCCAAUAGUUCCAAGGCAGGCGCUAGUGGUUUCCAAGCAGAUAUGGCUGCCAUCAUGCGAGUUAAUAAGAAUGAUCCACCAACCAUGGGCCCGUUUCUACCAACUCGUGUUCCAGAAGAUUUUUCUGGACUUGAGAAGAUGUUGCAUUAUCUCAAGGAGAAGUAUGGGAAUCCUCCAAUUUACAUCCAUGAGAAUGGCUUUGCUGCUGGACUUGAAAACGUUUUAAAUGAUACAGCGAGGAUUGCAUACUUAGAAGGUUACAUUGGAAGCACACUUGAAGCCAGCAGGAGUGGCGUACAAGUUAGAGGAUACUUUGUUUGGUCUUUUCUUGAUGUUUAUGAGUUCUUGGGUGGCUACAAAAAAGGAUUUGGACUCUACCAUGUGGAUUUUGAUGAUGAGAAACGGCAUAGAACGCCUAAGCUUUCAGCACAUUGGUACUCCAGUUUUCUUAAGAAUAAUGUUAGUGUGGUGUUCAGCAUUGAGAGUGCUGGUCUUGAAGCCACUUCUCUUUAUUCACAAUAAUUUU